AUGGACACCAACACGAGUCAGAACUUGAUCAAAUUCAGCUACUUUGAUCCAUUCGAUGUGUUCGAAACCGUUCGCAAGGAAUUGGAAGAUAGACUUCCGUUCAGCAAUCUUCAUUGGAAACCAUUGAAUGACAGUCUCCGCACUAUUUCGAGUCUACCGGUGAAAAUAGUGGCCGAAACGGACGAUCAAACUGCUCCAGACAGCAGUAAUAAGCCGCUCGUACUGUUUUUGGUGAUAAGUUGCACAUCCAUAGAUGAAUACAGGACUAAAGUACGUCCCUUGGUCAGACAAUGGCUGCCGUCUUUUGCUGGGUCAUCAGAGCAAGAUGAUCCGAAUGAAAUGCCGGUGAAAAGAAUCGCACUGCUGUACACCAAUUCGGGCGUGUCAGAAUCCAACCGUUUCAAAACGGUUUCGUUCUCUGAGAAAUUCAGCAAAGAUUUCCCAUUGCUUACUACAAUCGAGAUAAAGUCCAUCUACAGAUCAGAAAGACAGAAAAGCGACUUUUGGAACGGGACCAUGACCCGACUUCGCCGCUACACAAUGGAGACGUUUGAGCAGCGGCUGGACUUUAUGGAAAAACAGCGCCAUGGGUCCAGUGGUAGCGACACGAUCAAACUAGCCUCACUGCAAGAAAACAUACUGAACCUUUUUCUAUCGUUCCACCUCAACGACGAAGCUUCCAGAGAGCUCGAAAAUCUUAAACACACUUUGUUCCAAAAUUUGGAUCCAGCGUCACCGGCUGGCGAACUGGAGAUUCCUUUCCAGAUUACACAAAACGACGGCAAUAAGAGCACAUGGUCUUUUGCACCCCAUCUCGCUAAUCACAAGCUUACUGUUUUUGAGCUGAACAAGUUUUUCUUCUCUAAGCAAUGUGAGCUCAUUCAAAAUACCCAUGCGCAUGCCGCAAGAAAUGCGCGUCUUUACCAGCUCACCAAAUCAUUUCUGAAAACUAUCAACAAAGCUUUUAAAGAUUCGCCUUUGCUUGCAGAAUUCAAAUGGUCAUUCAUUGAUUCCUUACUACCCGUGUUCGACCAUGACGAAUCUAACAUCUAUCGCGAGAUUGUGGCUGAUUUGAAUAUAGUUCAAAGAGAUUGCUGGUUAGAUUUGGCAUACGCCUCGAAAGGCUUCAAACUUCUGCAUCGGGCGUAUCCUACAACUGGAAGAAAAGCGCAGCUGGAACAGUUAAAUGCCACGUUUAGCGACGAAGAACUGUUUCACAAAACGUACCUCAUCACCACGAAAGAAAUCAUCAGUCUUUUGAACAAUGACGACUCCAAGAAAUAUCGCACAGUCGACAUUCUAUCCAUUGAGAUUGGUCUGCUCCACUACCAACGCAAAGAGUAUGAGUCGGCCAUAACAAUUUUACACUCAUGCUACGAAUACUACAAAGAAUCCAGCUGGAACUCGUUAGCCUUCCGAUUACUUGAAUACUUCAUUGACUGUUUAUUGAACUGUUCCGGGCUGGGCACUAUCGCUAUAGGUCACGAAGCUGUCCCAACUUCAACAGUUUUGAGUAAUUCGAUACUCGAUUUGCUAACAUCAGUCAAUUCCGAUGAAUCCAAAGCCUAUUGGUGGGACCGGUUCCUAAAAAUUAACGAAAAGUGCAAUGGAAGUCUGAUCUAUCCAUUGACCAACUUGUUUGAUUUCCAUUUGGAAAGGAAACUCGUCGUUACAAAACCAAACAUCUUUGGGCUGAUCGUCAAAAUAACGAACGAAAGGAUACCGAAACCGAUUAUGGUCAAAGAUUUGCAGCUGAUACUAAAAAAUGACAAGAACGAGUUCCUGAAUUUUCAGCUCCGGGACUUUACGAUAACACCUGGGGAUAACACAGUCUCUUUGGAAUGUGCAAGAAUUCUCUUUGGCUCAUUCACAAUCGUGCGUGCAACGUGCACUGUAGGCAAAACCAUUUUAUGCAAAGAGUUUCAUUCCGGUGAUGAUAGCGUCAUCGUGCUGGAGCGUCCAAUCGAUGCUCGUAAUUUCGAUAUCAUCGUUUCUGCAUCAAAGCAGUUCGAGCUUGCAAAAAACACAAUAGCAUUGGGCUAUUUCAACAAGGAACAGGUCACAGCGUUCAAGCUUGUCUUGACUGCACUUCCCACCGAAGGCACUUCAAAGAUUCCUUUGUCCUUUAGCAAGAAAGGAAAUGAGUAUUCUUUUACCGUUGAUGAAUUUGACAUGUCAAGUAUCGACUAUUUUGGGCUAUUUCCAUGUGAGGAUUUUAAGCUACAACAAGAGCUUAUUUUUCGGACAAGCGACUGUCCUGACAAAGAGUUUUAUCAACGCGACAACAAGACCUUCAAAUCGACGUUACCAGUUAGUGUUUCUGUUGAGGAUAUUGUUCGAAAUGGUUCGUUUUUCUUUAAGUUUUUGAUCAACUCUUCGUCUCAGACCGAGCCAAUUCUGCUGCACAAAUCGGAUCUCCUGCCAUCUAAACCUGAGAAGUUUGUUGUUGAUGGCGGGUUCAGUCCUGAUACUCCUCUUAUGAUUAAACAUGGAGAUGAUAACACCUGUUACUCAUUUUUCCAGGUGACAACUAGAUUGUCCGCACUAUAUGCUAGCGAAGACUUCUUUCAUUUGAGGGUAGUCUUCAAUGAAUUGAAAGAUCAGCUGGAUCAUCUGGUAACGAACGCCAUUUUGAUUCAAGGCAAUCCGGAGAUUGCUGCCAAAAUGGAGUCACAUCAUGACACUUGGAACUCUAUGGUACUCACGAGGCUAGUUUACGACUAUGAGGCUUUUGAAAGCAGCUUUUUGGUUCGACUCGUUCCCGCCAAGGUCAGUGUGAGCGAACUUAAAGAAUUCUUAGCAUCCAAAAUUCAGGAUAAGCAGUUUUUGGAAGCUUCUGUUUCCUGUCUUCUAGUCAUACAAAAGGGAUAUCAGUUUUCACGCUUAGAAGCCGUGGAAUACACAAGGGAUCUGACGCCCUCUACUUUAUUGGUUCCUGUAAGCCUACCAUCGUUAAAGCAUCAUUUUUCGGUGAAUAUAAACCGCUUGACAGAUCCAGCGCUGGAAUUAGAGCUGGGUCAAUUGACACCCUUCUCGAUAAGCGUAACGGACGCAAUGGUUGAUUGGCAAAAACAAAACAGCGGAGACGAAGAUUACGUUCUUGAGCUGUUCAAUACCAAUGAGUGGCUCAUUGACGGGAAAAGAAGGUAUCGCAUAAACGGAGGAAGAAAUGACCACACUAUACGUAUGAUUCCACUGCGAAGGGGUUACCUGAAAUAUCCCAAAAUCGAAGUUACGGAAAACGGUCGAAAAGUUUCAGAAGUCCAUUACCUGAAUAUGAAUGAGGUUACAUUAGUUAUUUGA